UACUUGCGGUGUAGCUACUGCCGGUUUUCGGACCUGAACAACAGCGGCAGCUAUCAGAGAAUUGAAAUUACACCUGGCGGAUGUCUAUGGAAGACGAUAGUCAUCGACAAGGGUGGCUGCCCUAAUGUAUAGCGGCCAAGAUUAAAAAAAGUGUUCACGCCCACUCCGCCACGUUUGUGUGGACGUACUUGCCAGCAACGGCUUCUUCCUGGGUCCAUCUGCAGGAGAAAAAAUGGUUGUAGACAAGAUGUUUGAACCGGAGGAGUGCUUGGACAUUUUGUCCAUAGUGCGCUACAAGACUCAGCUGCUUGACAUUAUUGACGAAGCUGCGAGACUAAGCGAGUCGGAAAGACGCAAAAAAGCAGAAUGUGUAGAACUACGGCUGGAGAUCAGUUCGCUAAAAUCGGAUCUCAAUGCUAAGGAGCUCGAGCUUGCGGCCGUUGACCGGACCAUCGAGUGCGGGAUAGCAAGCGAAAACGCGCGCAUUUUGUCAAAGGAGAAUGAUGAACUGAAGGCCACCCGCGAUAACCUCAAAAAUCUCCUAGAGUCAAUCCAAGCCAGGCUGAAACAGUGUGAGCUGGAAAGAUACAGUGCGAUACAGGAGCUGAAGGCCUGUAAAACUCUUACACGCGCACGGGACCACGAUAUGGAGUCCUCGGCUACGUUGUGCGACAAGAUCAUCUCACUGCAAGGCCAAGCGACUAGGAAAUUUGAGGAUCUACAGCAGGCGUUGAACGAUGUCAAGAAAGAACGGAGUGACGUUCUGAAAAAGCAGCUUGAAAUGCAGAUGGAGCUAGAGGCGCUUAAGGCUGCCGUGGACGACUAUCAGGCAGACGAGCACAAAUAUCGGCAGCAUACUACACACCUGAGAGAACAACUUAUCGCGUCGUCCGCUAGCCUCGAAAAGCUCAAAGAGGAAGUGUUGAUGGAAAGAGAGCGGCGGAAGGAAAUCGAGGAAGACUUGAAUCGAUCGUCUCAGAGAAUCGCCGAACUAUCAGUAAGACUACAGCGUACGGUGCGCUAUAGAGUGUACGAUUCCGUGACUCAGGACUCACGAGAGCAGCUCGCUGAAGCUCUGCGUGCGGCAUAUUUGGGAAGAGAAACACUGGCGCCUUGUUUGAAGCAACUAACGCCGCCUCAGACGAGCGAAUAUAAGCUUGUACCAACUGAAGUCGAGCGGGUCAGCUCCCUUGGCGGCUUCGAGGAACGCCGAAAGUGCGACCUAUUCAACAAUAGAGAGGGGCCACAUACUGUUUUGGACACCACUCCCAAGAGUCGCAGUCCAUCCGCGGCAACCAGCACUCGGACACGCUGUCCAGAGAGCACGUCGAGCAGUUGUUCGGACUACCAGGCUGACAGCAACAUGGCACCUCGGGCUUCAGCUGAAUCUGCACAGCUGCGGGUGAUGUGCUCGGCAGAGACGCUUUCCGACAACCGAACAAAAUCCGGCUUGGAUAUGAACCACUUUGAGGACAGUCAUGUUAUUAUGUUCGAUAAAGAUGAGAUGACAUCAGUAGACCUGCCCGUGAAAUCGCCAGAACGGAAUCAGUGGAUUCUCUCUCGAAAUAUCGAAUGUGCAGUCGGACAUUUCACCGGUUCACCACAUUCUUGUCCCCACAAAAAGCCCCAUGAACAACAAACGUACGACAGUGUGCUCUUCCCGGCGUCUGAUGCAUUGUCUACACGACGGUUCAACCCGGAGAAAACCACGCCUAUCACACUGCGAGAAAAAGACCACGCUGUUGUGAAGACGGAAAUGGUGGGAAGGACCGCGAGUGAACUGGACGGAACUCCCUCCUCUUCGCCUGACGUCCCGGUCCUCUCUGUCAAAAACGAAACCGUCGAAUUGCAGCCACAUCCCUCGUCCAUGAGCGCUCUUGUAACUACCAAGAGUAUCCAGGAUCGCCCUUGCUAUAACAAAACAGGCUGUCAACGAAGCAUAUGCAAAACCCUAUUUCCCCUUCAGCUUCAACCGGCCCCGACAAAACGACAGACUCUGCGGAUGCGACUGUGGUAGAUCCCAUGCAACGACGAAUGUCGCUACAGCACUCUGACAGCACGCUGCAGAUGCUACAGCGAGGCGCCACUACCCCUUCGCAAACGCCAUGUUCCCCGGUUCUGGAUAGCAAGCACUCUCUAGACGAGCAAAAGGACAACGAAGGCACACAAACAAGUGUGCAAUUCGAUUGUGACUCCCUCCUGAAUGCAAUCUGCCUCUAACAGGUCCAGUUACUAAAAACUGUUCACGGUAUUUUGUCCAUGGAAUGUUUUAAAUGAAAUAGCACCUCGACUAUGUGCAUCUAACAUACAUUUCACGAGUCGUUGUGACUCCAGCGAAGCCCAUGAAACAUGUACUUAAUCUAUAGCAUAUUCCAA